AUGUUAGACGACAUGGACGUCGACCUCGACACGCAUCUCUCAUACCCGACCGCGGAGCCUGUUGUGCUGCCUCCAAGCAGUAGCUCAUCCACGUCAGCCCGCCCUUUGCUGAAGGAGAGGCUGUAUGUCGGCAAUUUGCAGCCCACGGUUGACGAAUAUACCCUCAUUCGCCUCUUCCAACGGUACGGCAAAGUCACCCGCCUCGACUUCCUCUUCCACAAAGCCGGUCCCCAGCGCGGGAAGCCGCGCGGGUACGCGUUUGUGGAGUACGCCCAUGCAGAGGAAGCGACCAACGCCCUGACCGCCACCCACGAUCGCCUUCUUCGCGGCCGGCGCUUGGUGGUCACCCACGCGCAACACGCACCUGCAGACGGCGGGUCAUACCAACAUCGAUCCCAACACCAGCCCACGGCGCUUAGCAUCAUCAAGAGCGCGCAGGCGAGGAGGAAUGGCGACAAGAUCGCGCAGAUGGAGGCCAAGCUGCGUCAGAUGGAGGCAGACACCGUGCUGAACGGGCCUCAGCCGCCCGCACCGACCCCUCGAGCACCCACCUCCUCUGAAGAAGGCGCUUCGUCAUCCUCUCAGCCACCGUCGCCUCAUACCACGGAACAGGCGUACGCCACCCAUCCGCUUCCCCUGCACCCUUCGCUACCCGCCAAGCCGCCGCCGACACUCGAAAGCGUGAUGGCACCGAGGGAGCCGGUGGGUGACACGUCGAUCCAUCCGACGCAGCAGAGGCCGGUGCAGGCAAAGACGACCAGUGGAUAUGUAGGCCUGCAGACGGCACACAAGCCUUCACCGACUUCUGCUUCGGGACCACCGUCCUCGUCGUCCGAGGCCCACCAUGCGCGACCAGCGCCCUUUCAACCAACCACUGGCCUGCACGGGCUCCUCGGCCGACCUUCUCUGUCGUCGGGAACGUCAUCAGCGACUGUGCCGCCGACGCGGCCUUUCCAAGGGGCAGUGCCGACGCUGAAGCCCUUGAGACCGUCGCCUGCAGCGACAAAGCCGACGCCAGCGCCGCCGGCGAAGAAGAAGCAGGGAUUGUCGGGGGUGAAGAUUGUGAAGAAGAAGACGUAG